CGAUCUCACGGCCCAGGCUUCUGGCCCGCUGAAUUCCUGCACUCCAGCCAUGGCUCCCUCGCUGCUCGCGUGGCUGCUGCGCCUGGCCGUGUUCUUCUAUCUGUGCACCCUGCUGACGGGUCAGCACCUCGGUGUGUCGAAAUGCGACAUUGACUGCCAGAAGAUGACCCCACCAAUCCCAGUGGCUUUGCUCAUCCACUAUCAGCCGAACCGGGAGUCCUGCAGCAAACGCGUCAUCAUCCUAGAGACAAGACUGCACAAACGCUUCUGCGCUGACCCAAAGGAGAAAUGGGUCCAAGAUGCCAUGAAACACCUAGACCAAAAGACGGCUGCCCAGACUCAAAAUGGUGGCAAGUUUGAAAAGUGGGUCAACAAUGUGACACCUGGGAUCACCCUGGCGACCAGGGGUCUGUCCCCAUCUGCACUGGCAGAGCCUGAAGCCACAGUGAAAGGCCUUACUUUGGAGCUAACCACUACUUCCCAGGAGGCCCGAAGGCCCAUGGGGACUUCCCAAGAGCCACCAACAGCAGUGACUGGAUCAUCUCCCUCAACCCCUAAGGCUCAGGAUGCGGGGUUCGCCGCCACACCUCGGAGCACGGAAAUUGUGAAGAUGGAUGUCAUCUCUACCACCAUUUGGCAGAGUUCUGCUGCCCGCCAAUCUGGAUCCAGCCUCUGGGCUGAGGAAAAGGCUACUGAGCCCCCCUCCACUCCAGCCCCAUCUACCCAGGUGCCCACCACUUCACAGUCAACCCCGGAGGAGAAUGUUGGGUCUGAAAGCCAGCCCCCAUGGGUCCAGGGACAGGACCCCAGUCCAGAGAAGUCUCUAGGGCCUGAGGAGACAAAUCUAGCUCACACUGAUGUUUUCCAGGACAGGAGGCCUGGUAAUGCAGUCCAUCCCUCAGUGGUCCCCAUCUCCUCUGAAGGAACCCCCAGCCCAGAGCUGGUGGCCUCAGGCACUCAGGCUCCCAAAGUAGAGGAGCCUAUUCAUGCCACUGUAGAUCCCCAGAAACUGAGUGUACUUAUCACUCCUGUCCCUGAUUCCCAGGCAGCCACUCGGAGGCAGGCAGUGGGGCUGUUGGCCUUCCUCGGCCUGCUCUUCUGUCUCGGGGUGGCCAUGUUUGCCUACCAGAGCCUCCAGGGCUGUCCCCGCAAGAUGGCAGGGGAGAUGGUAGAAGGCCUCCGCUAUGUCCCCCGUAGCUGUGGCAGUAACUCCUAUGUCCUGGUGCCAGUGUGAGCUGCCUGCUUGCCUGUGUCCGUAGUUUGAUUCAGACAGCUGUCUGGGGACCCCCAUCCUCAUACCCACCCUCACCCACACUGGGGAAAUGGGAAUGGGGUGGCUGGAUCCUCCGGGGCCCAUGUGCUCCAAGCCCUGAGUUGUGGCCCAGGAGGCCACCCUUGACCGUUACUCACUAAUCAGAGACAGAGCAGGUGGCCUUCCAGCUCCCCUCUGAGAGACUCCUCUGCUGCUGGCUGGUUAGAGGAGCCCUUGACAUCCCAACCCCGGUGAACAAUUAUUUAUUGAAUUCCCAGCCCAUUUCCUGUGAGCACCGUGGUCCACCCAUCUCACAAGCAGCAGGCCAGGCCUAUCUGCCUGUCCCUUUUACCUCUUGUCUCCUGGGUUCGCUGCAGUCGCCAGCCCUUUCUCCCCCCUGGCCAGCUGCGGUGCUAUCUCUCCUCUCUCUCUCUCUCUCUGUCUCUCUCUCUGUCUCUGUCUCUCUCUCCUCUCUCUCUCUGCCCCCUGUACAGAGCACACCACCGUCACCAUCAACACCGUGUUGUGUCUUUUCUUGCAUGAGGUUAACGCUGUGUUUCCUGGAGCUCUCUGGGAAGGGAGAUGAGCUGUGUGAGAGGUUUUGAUGCAUUCCUUCCUAGGCUCUGCCAUGCCAUGGAGGCAUGCUGAGACUGAAGGAAGGGUCUAGUCCACACUCAGCUAUCUGCACAACAAAGUGCCCCACCAGUAAAAGAAAAAGAAGUGUGGCCCAGAGAUGGCAAUAACCCAUGGCCCUGAUAUCAUCACCUUCUCUGAGAUCCUUGUCCCCAUCCCUGGAUGCAGCCCCCAGCCCUUAUCAACAGGAAUAGUCACUGCCAUUCCACUGAACUGACCUUUGUACCCUGUGACUCCGAGGGCUGGCAAGGGGUGAGUUGAGAGUGCAUAGCCUACCCUUAAGGUCCCCAAAUGAAGGCUGAGUUGAGGACUUGCAGGAACAGAGGCCAACUCAGAAGGCCCUUCUGUGUCCUCACUAGGUACCCCUUCCCCCAUGCACCAAGAUUACAGCCCCAGGUCUGCCCUGCCUGAAGAAUGAGCCACAGAAGGAAGAGGAUGACAAAGCCCUGGGAGGCAGAGGAUGCUGGGUAAGCCUCUGGAGUGGCCACAUACCCGAUUUCAGUUUAGGGGCUUGCACGUGUGUGUGCACAGCCCACGUCAUUCUGAGGCCGGGUCCUUUUCCCAGGUCUCACUUUUGCCCCACUGCAGGCAGGGCCAGAGCUCCCGCAACAUUCUCCUGUGACGUUUUCUGGA